AGUGUGAGGUAGGGCUAACAUACCACGGGGAGUGAACGAAAUACACUGGAAGUCACCAGUUCAUAGACGUCUUCGAAAUCGGUGCUUAAGAAAAAAACAUUUACAUACCUUGCGUAAAAGAAGUUAGCUACAGAAGACAAUCACCGCAAACGUGUACAUUAGAUAUUAGUAUCUAACGUUGCUCUCCGAAGAUGAACGGACAAAUGAACGGUUUCCAUAAUGCACUCAUCGAUGAAGACUGUUUUCUUUUUACCUCUGAAUCGGUCGGAGAAGGACAUCCAGACAAGAUUUGCGACCAGAUCAGUGAUGCCGUGCUUGACGCCCACCUCAAACAGGACCCUGAUGCCAAAGUAGCAUGUGAGACUGUUGCCAAGACUGGCAUGAUUCUGCUGGCAGGAGAAGUAACGUCCCGCGCCACUGUGGACUAUCAGAAGAUCGUCAGGGACACCAUCAAGAACAUUGGCUAUGAUGACUCUUCCAAAGGCUUUGAUUAUAAGACCUGUAAUGUGCUGGUGGCAUUGGAGCAGCAGUCCCCUGAUAUUGCACAGGGGGUCCAUCUGGAUCGCAGUGAGGAGGACGUAGGAGCCGGUGACCAGGGUCUGAUGUUUGGCUAUGCGACCAAUGAGACGGAGGAGUGCAUGCCCCUCACAAUCAUCCUCGCCCACAAGCUCAAUGCCAAGAUCGCUGAGAUGCGCCGCAAUGGCACCCUGCCCUGGCUGAGGCCUGACUCCAAAACCCAGGUGACCGUGCAGUACCGGCAGGACCGCGGCGCCAUGCUGCCCGUGCGCGUGCACACGGUGGUGGUGUCGGUGCAGCACGACGAGGGCGUGUGCCUGGAGGAGAUGCGCGACAUGCUGAAGGAGAAGGUGGUCAAGGCCGUGGUGCCCAGCGCCUACCUGGACGAGGACACCGUCUACCACCUGCAGCCCAGCGGCCGCUUCGUCAUCGGGGGCCCGCAGGGUGAUGCGGGGCUGACUGGCCGCAAGAUCAUUGUGGACACCUAUGGGGGCUGGGGAGCUCAUGGCGGUGGGGCCUUCUCUGGGAAGGACUACACCAAGGUGGACCGCUCCGCAGCAUAUGCUGCCCGCUGGGUGGCCAAGUCACUGGUGAAGGCAGACCUGUGCAAGCGUGUGCUGGUCCAGGUGUCUUAUGCCAUUGGUGUUUCCCACCCACUCUCCAUCUCCAUCUUCCACUAUGGCACGUCUCAGAAGAGUGAGCGAGAGCUGUUGGACAUCGUCAAGAAGAACUUUGACCUGCGACCUGGUGUCAUCGUCAGAGAGUUGGAUCUGAAGAAACCCAUCUAUCAGAAGACCGCUUGCUAUGGCCACUUUGGCCGUGAUUCAUUCCCAUGGGAGGUGCCCAAGAAGCUCAAAUACUGAAAAAAAUAAAUAAAUCCCAAUCCUACAAAAGAACCUCUGCGCUUUCCCCCCUCUCCUCUCCUGAUGUUGUGGGCUGCCGGUGUGUGCAAUACAGAGAAACCCCGCCAGCCCAAUGGAGAGGAGCGAGGGGAAACCCAGAUGCACCAUGUCAUUUGCAUAACCUCCCCAACCCCUUCCCUCCUGUGUCAUUCUGUCUUUCUGCACUCCAAGAGCUGAUUUGGCUUUGAUGACCCCAGGCUCUCGCCCCCCCCCCCCCACUCUCCCAUCACCCUUUGCUGUGAUUGUGCCCCCCACCCCAACCCACCCUCGUCUUUGCCCUGGUACUGUAUGGUUUUAUGCUUUACCAUUGACCUGUCUCUCCAUCACCCCCACCGCCCCAAACCCACCACCAAACCCCUUCUGAUCUAGUGAUGGCACAACAGAGGACUAAGAUUGUUAAUAAGACGCUAUGCAUCGCUGGCUGAAGGCCCUAGGCCUGCUGUAAGCCCAUUCGUUUUGCUUAAAAAGAAGACGAAAAAAGUCUGGGUUCGCUUUAAAAAGAUUGAAUUGAAAUUUUUUGAAACGGGGAUCAAAGCAACCCUCCCACACGCACACAUGUCUUUCGCUUAUGAGUGAAAGCGUCUGAAGAACUCGGAAGCUCUCCUAUCGGGUCGUCUCCAAUUGACCCGACUCUAAGGAAUGGACACCUUUUUUAAAGUCACUCUCUCCCCUGCAAAAGCGCCAUCGUUUUUCUGACGUGUUACAGAGAAGUCAGAAGCUGCUAAUACCGCCUUGUACCCCUCUCCUCGGUGGCUGGCUUUUUGCAGGGUUUAGACGUGGCUUUGUGUUUACCCUCGCCCCCUCCACCCCCCCAACCCCUACCCCCACCCCUACCUCUCCAGUUUCUCUGCGAGUUCCCGACUUUUUGGCGAGGAAUCCACAUAGAACUGCGCUGUAGCUCCGUUGUGUGUGGUGUACUGUACGACCACGGGCGUCGGCAGAGCACUCCCCUGAGCGGUUCCUUUGGCUGCGUGGGGUGUAGCUACAGAGAAACCUCACCUCCAGCCUACCCGCUCAGGGAAAAUGCCUUCGCCCAAAACUUGAAUUUACUACUUGAAGGAAUAUUCAACAACAACGAAAAAAAAACUCGUAAUAGCGUGGCCAACCCCUAACACCUGGACCUUGGUGUACUACAGAAAAGCCAGGGACCUGUUGUGUGGGGAGGAUCCGCCUUUUCUACCGUCAAUGUUAAAUUAAAACAGAUUUAAACCUCUUUUGUUGUCUCGUUUUGCCUGGAAAUUGUGGGUUCACCCAUUCCUUUGUGUUGCGCUUGUGGCAUUCUCAUGGUGUUGUACAGAAAAGCCAUGAGGUGCUCUGUCCCAAGCCAGCACUCGCUGAAGAAUGCUCUGACCAUUGUUACUUUUUAUCUGACCGACGUAAGAAUUAUAAACGACCGAGAAUAACCAUGCGCGCAAUUGUUUUGUUUUUACGAGUAUUUUAUUGGGCAGUGUCUCCCUGCAAGUCCUGCGAACAGAAGCAAAAGUCUGGCUGGUGUUGUACAGAGAAACCAGCCUCGUUUACAUGCUCUCGACGUGGGACUCUGGGAAGCACCACCUCUUCCUUUUUAUACUCCUCAGUUCUUUUUAAAAACCAGUGAUGGGAGUGUCAGACUGGUCGUUGAAAGAGUUAAAGUGCCUUUUUCUGUUAUUUUUUCUCUCUCUCCCUCGUCUCCCCUAUUCCUCAACCUCAUUUUGUCCUUCAACCCCACCCCCUCCCAACCCCCACCUACAGUGGAUAUGUACCUUUACAUGGGGCCAUUAGUACACCCCCCCCCCCCCUCCCCUAAAGAGCUCAUGAAUUCCUAAAGUGGUAAUGUCCCACACAAAGUGAUUUGAAUAAAAGUCUGUCCUUGA